AUGGCUCCAAAACAGGAGCGGCGGAAACGUGGGAGAUGGGAACAAUAUAAUGCUGAUUUCAAUGCUGAUGAAAAUUCGCAGUCGCAAAGCAGUUUCAGUGAUCGUCAAGGAAAUUCUAACGAUAAAGAUUCUGGGAAUGCUGCAGUUCCUAAGGCUGCAAGCAGCAACUUGGAGCAGCAAGGAUUUAUGGCGAGAACUGAUGAGUUUGGUGCUCGUGAUUAUAGGCAUGAAAUGAAAUUGAAACCUGAUCAUGCUUCCAGGCCGCUUUGGGUUGCUUCAGAUGGUCACAUAUUUUUGGAAUCAUUUAGUCCCGUUUACAAACACGCUCAUGAUUUUUUAAUUGCUAUAUCUGAGCCUGUUUGUCGGCCAGAAUUUAUUCAUGAGUACCAGUUAACUGCUUAUUCAUUGUAUGCUGCUGUGUCGAUAGGACUGCAAACGAACGAUAUUGUUGAAUAUCUGGAAAGAUUGUCGAAAGCUAGCUUGCCAAAAGGCAUUAUUGACUUCAUAAAGAUGUGUACCCUGAGUUAUGGGAAAGUUAAAUUGGUUUUAAAACAUAAUCGUUAUUUUGUUGAGUCUCGCCACUCGGAUGUUGUUCAAGCACUUUUAAAAGACAAAGUUAUACAGCAGUGCUUGAAGGAGGAAAAACCUAAUGAAGAAGUUACGCAGACGGAUCUGAACAAAGAGAAGAUUCAAAUUCCUGGAACUCAAAUUAGUAAGGAAAAUGAAGAGCCCGAAAAGAAAGCGAAUGUUCCGGAAGAUAUCGACGAGUUCUACGGCCGUUUUGAUCGUGAUGAUGAUGAAGACGAAGAAGCAAUCAAGAAUUUGCAGCUUUUAACUUUUGAAAUUAAACCUGAAACAAUUGAGACCGUUCAGAAGCGCUGCAUAGAGUUGGAAUAUCCACUCCUUGCUGAAUACGAUUUUCGAAAUGACACCUUCAAUGAAAAUCUUGGAAUUGAUUUAAAACCUUCUACUACUCUGCGCCCGUAUCAGGAGAAAAGUUUGCGUAAAAUGUUUGGAAACAGUCGAGCCAGAUCAGGAGUCAUAGUUCUUCCGUGCGGUGCCGGUAAAACUCUUGUGGGUGUGACUGCUGCUACUACUAUAAAUAAGCGUUGUUUGUGUUUGGCGACCUCUAAUGUUUCGGUUGAGCAGUGGCGAGCACAGUUCAAACUCUGGUCGACUAUUCGUGAUGACCAGUUGGUGCGGUUUACCCGUGAGGCUAGGGACCCGAUACCAACUGGACCGAUUGCAAAUAAAGCUGUCGUUUGUAUCAGCACAUACUCUAUGGUUGCUUAUACUGGAAAACGAACAUAUAUGGCUGAAGAAGCUAUGAAGUAUAUCGAAAGUCAGGAGUGGGGGCUUGUUUUGCUUGACGAAGUUCAUACUAUCCCAGCUAAAAUGUUUCGCCGUGUUCUUACUAUAGUGCGUGCGCACUGCAAACUUGGUCUUACUGCAACUUUAGUUCGCGAAGAUGAUAAGAUUACUGAUCUGAACUUUUUAAUUGGCCCGAAAAUAUAUGAAGCAAACUGGAUGGAAUUGCAAAAAGCAGGACAUAUUGCAAAAGUCCAGUGUGCUGAGGUAUGGUGUCCAAUGACUGCUGAGUUUUACUCCUACUACCUUAGAGCUUCAAUAGCAAGGCGCCUUCUUUUGUCAGUGAUGAAUCCAAACAAAUUUCGCAUAUGUGAAUUUCUCAUUCUUUUUCACGAAAGAAGGAAUGAUAAAAUUAUUGUGUUUUCUGAUAACGUAUUUGCUCUGAAGAAGUAUGCUAUUGAAAUGAACAAACCAUUUCUUUAUGGUGAGACGGGACAGACGGAAAGGAUGCGGAUUUUACAGAAUUUCCAGUACAAUCCGAAAGUUAACACAAUUUUUGUCUCAAAAGUUGCUGAUACGUCAUUUGACCUACCAGAUGCCAAUGUUCUCAUUCAAAUAUCUGCACACGGUGGGUCGAGACGACAAGAAGCGCAGCGACUUGGGCGUAUUUUACGAGCGAAGAAGAAUUCCACUGAUGCUUUUAAUGCGUUUUUCUACUCUUUAGUCUCGCAGGAUACUGUGGAAAUGAGCUAUUCGCGUAAAAGGCAGAGGUUUUUAGUUAACCAAGGUUAUGCAUACAAGGUUGUCAACCGCUUGCCUGGUAUGGAAAAAGAGGCAUUGAAAUUAGGAACGAAGGAUUCCCAGUUACAGUUGCUUCAACAAGUCCUUGCUGCUUCUGAUGCUGAUGCCGAGGAAGAAGAUGUGAAAGAAGAAACGUUUGACGGCCUUAGAGAAGCGAAGACUAUGAGGAAGGAAGGUUCUUUUGCCUCAUUUUCUGGAAGCAAUUCAGUCUCUUAUACACAGAAGACGAGGACGAUCAAAGACGAAGACCGUCAUCCAUUGUUCAGAAGGUUUCGGGCAUUAAAGUAG